AUGAAUGGGAUGGCCAACGUGAAUUCUGCCAGCCGCCCCCACUAUGCCUCCUCCAUCCCCGUGCCCCGAGCCUCCUCCCAGACCAGGAUUCAUACCCCAGGGGCCUCUCCUCAGCUGCCGCCCCGCCAGGCUGGCCUGGCUCUCAGUCCUCACAGAGCAGCUUCUCCAAGGCUGGGCAAGGCUGCAGGCUCUUCCAGAAACUCCUCCCCCAAAGCCUCCCAGGGAAGAGGCUCCCCCAGAGUUGCUGCAGGACCAGUGAAGGAACUGGCUGAGGAUGGCAAAAGCCUCCCUAGCUCCCCCUGGAGCAGCCCCAAGGUCACCCCGAAAGCAGCCCUGUCUAGCCACGCUGGGCCCGGAAGAACAGGGGAGACACCAGGCACCCAGAGAAAGAAGAAGAAGACCCAGGAAGGAAUCGUGAUCCACCAGGCCCGGGGCCGGAGCCCACCUCCAACCAGUUCCCAUGGAGAAACUCCAACACCGAGGGCUCCAGAGGGUCGAAGGCCUCCUGGCUGCCCAGGGAAAGAUCCAAGAGACAUAAACUACAAAAGCUCUGGAGUCUCUAGGUCUUCAGAAGCAGAUGAAGGAGCAGCUUCAGAGUCUUCCUCUCCCGCGUGUAGCCCUGCACACAGCAAGUGGCCCUCCUCCACCCCUGGGGUCAUCAACUUCUCCUCCGUCCAUCAGCAAAGUCAGCCCGUCACUGCCACCGUGGCCCCCUUCCAGUACAGGUUACAGACAGACCAGGACCUAGACCCUCUCCCCCAGGGCAGCUGGGCUCUUGAUGGCUACUCCAGGACCCCUGGCAGGAUUGAGGGAGGCUUCUGCAUUGACGCGCGGGCCGUCCAUGCGCUCCCGGCGGGCAGAAUGCUGGGCAGCGGCGUCAAGAGCGCGCAGCCCGAGGCGGAGCUGAGCGGCGGCGGCGGCGGGGACGAGGGCGCGGACGAGCCGCGGGGAGCCGGCAGGAAGCCGGCCGCCGGCGACGGCAAAGCCAUGCUCCCCAAGCGCGCUAAGGCGCCGGCCAGCGGCGGCGGCGGCGUAGCCAAGACCAGCGCGGCCGAGCUGAAGGUCUUCAAGUCCGGCAGCAUGGACAGCCGCGUCCCCGGCGGGCCGCCCACCUCCAACCUGCGCAAACAGAAGUCCCUCACCAACCUCUCGUUCCUCACCGAUUCCGAGAAGAAGCUGCAGCUCUACGAGCCCGAGUGGAGCGACGACAUGGCCAAGGCGCCCAAGGGUUUGAGCAAGAUGGGGUCCAAGGGCCGCGAGGCGCCGCUCAUGUCCAAGACGCUGUCCAAGUCCGAGCACUCGCUCUUCCAGGCCAAGGCUGGCCCGGCGGGCGGCGCCAAGACGCCCCUGGCCCCGCUGGCGCCCAGCCUGGGGAAACCCAGCCGCAUCCCGCGGGGACCGUACGCCGAGGUCAAGCCGCUCAGCAAGGCGCCCGAGGCGGCCGUGAGCGACGAUGGCAAAUCCGACGACGAGCUGCUCUCCAGCAAGGCCAAGGCGCAGAAGGGCUCCGGCGGGCCCGUGCCCUCCGCCAAGGGGCAGGAGGAGCGGGCCUUCCUCAAGGUGGACCCCGAACUAGUGGUCACCGUGCUGGGCGACCUGGAGCAGCUGCUCUUCAGCCAGAUGCUGGAUCCAGAAUCCCAGAGGAAGAGGACAGUGCAGAAUGUCCUGGAUCUUCGACAGAACCUGGAAGAGACCAUGUCCAGCCUGCGAGGCUCCCAGGUGGCUCACAGCUCCCUGGAGAUGACCUGUUAUGACAGCGAUGAUGCCAAUCCUCGCAGUGUGUCCAGCCUCUCCAACCGCUCCUCUCCUCUCUCUUGGCGCUAUGGUCAGUCCAGCCCGCGGCUGCAGGCUGGCGAUGCACCCUCGGUGGGCGGGAGCUGCCGCUCCGAGGGCCCGCCCGCCUGGUACAUGCAUGGGGAGCGUGCCCACUACUCGCACACUAUGCCCAUGCGCAGCCCCAGCAAGCUCAGCCACAUCUCCCGCCUGGAGCUGGUCGAGUCCCUGGACUCCGAUGAGGUGGACCUCAAGUCUGGCUACAUGAGUGACAGUGACCUCAUGGGCAAGACCAUGACGGAGGACGAUGACAUCACGACUGGCCGAGCCCGGGAUCGUGCCCGCGAUUCACGCCCCCUUCCCACUGCGCGGCGGGAGCCGGGGGGCUGGCGGGGCUCAGCCGGCGCGCCGCGGGUUAACCGGGAGGCGGCUCGGGUGGAGGUCGCGGGCCCCAGCCCCCGGCGGGCACGGGGGGCUCCCGGGGGUUCCGAGGCCACCGGGACCCGGGGUGGCUGCGGCGGCCGCGGCUCUUUGUCUACCUGCUCUGGGCGUUAA